GCUUUCCACACACGGCCGCCAUCUUGCGCCAUCUCAGAAGCGCCUCACGCAGCCACUGAGAGCGCGUGGGAUUUGCGUUGUUCAUAACAACGGCGAAAACAUCCGCGCGUCCAUGCUUCACUUCCGGCUUGGUUUCUGUUCGAAUUUUGUUUUGUGUAGCUACAUACCGGCAAUUUAGUCGAUUUAAAAAUAAUAUUAAUUUGUUCCUGUAUUAUAUUUUGUAUUCCAGGAACACUUUAGUCCAGAUAUACGUGCAGAUCAAUGUGGGCGAUAAGCAGCCUGGUUCCUGCCCGAUUCCUCACCCUUAUUACCCACCUGGUCAUAGUCAUCACCAUAUUCUGGUCCAGGGAGAACAGUGUGAAAGCUUGUCUGCCACUGACCUAUACAGUUGAAGAAUAUAAUAUAGAGGACGUACGGCUGGUGGUGGCCUUAUCCGUGACCCUGGGUCUGUUUGCUAUAGAACUCGCUGGGUUUUUCUCUGGAGCCUCCAUGUUCAACAACAACCAAGGACUUUUAUGCAUCCUUACCUGUAAUGUCAUCAUUUCAAUCCAUACAGGUGAAUAUUCAGCUACAGCAUGUCAUGCAAGCGGCUCUGUUGCACUGCUUUUCUUUCUGUUUGAGCAGUGGACUUGCAGCAUCUACUGGUGGAUCUUUGGCUUCUGCAGUGUAAUCCCAGCCUUGUAUGAGAUGAUCCUGCUUAUCGCUGUUUUUGGACUGAAGAAGAAGCCACUAUGAAUGCAUCAGUGCUAACAAAAUCUCCUUCAUGGGAUAAGUGCAGAUUAUGUUGCCAAGCAACAGGGUUACCUGUGGCCUAUGUAAAAUUAGAAUAUGAAUAAUUCUUUAUUAUUAUUAUUAUUAUUAUUUAAUUACUAUUAUUAGGUUCAGAGUUCUAGUUCUCCGAGCGAAUGAAUAUCACACUAAGUGGAAGUUAAGUGGGGAGAAUUUUAUACCUUGUGUUUUAUAUGUUGCAUUAAUAAUUUGUACUGGUUUUUAUACGUUUUGUAAUAAAAUGCUUUUAUUAGCAGAAAGUACUAUAAGUUUUUUCA